AUGAACAAACUAGUUGUGUUCUUAAAUUUGGGUUCUAUUUUAAUAUUUAUAUGGGUUAAAGGAUUCGACGCGGUCCAUCCGUGCCCGCAUUGCGAGAAAUCCUUCAAGGUGGCGAGCUCGCUGAGGCGCCACGUGCGCUACUUCUGCGGCAAGAAACCGCCCCCGUUGACCGGCUACCGAAAAUUGGCCGACGACGAUUUCGUGUGCUCGAAGUGCGACAAGCACUACAAGCUCUACUGCACGCUUAAGCGGCACAUCAUCCACGAGUGCGAUAAACCCAAAAAGAUCCGGUGCCCGGUCGCGGGCUGUCGUUACAUGGCCAAAAUGAACGACAGGAUGUUGAACCAUUGCAGGAUGGUCCACAAGAUUGAUAUUUAG